AUGGAGAUGGCUAAGCUGUUAAAGUUGAUGUUUGUGUUUUGUAUUGCCGGUCUGAUUCCAACCAUUCGAGCCAACCUUUCUGAGCUGGAUGAGUAUUGGUCGCAGCGAGCCGACGAAGCUCGAGAAUUCACUCUUCAAGCUUAUCAUUCUGAUCCUUACGAAGUCGUUGAUCACUUUCACGAGCGUCAUUACGACAACUCUACUGAUGUUACCACACCCGAGGAAGAAGGCAGUGCAACGCAUGAAGGGGAGGAAACGCAUGAAGAGGACGAACAUGAGGUCAUUGAAAUGGUCGGAGGCUCCACGAACAGCACGAGAAGGAGUCUAAGAGGGAAAGGCAGAGGAAAAUGGAGUAAGCUUAAGGGACCGUGUACAGCAAGUAACCCGAUCGAUAAAUGUUGGCGUUGCCGUUCGGAUUGGGCUAGGCGUCGAAAGAGGCUUGUUAAAUGUGUCCGUGGGUUCGGCCACAGGACGACCGGAGGAAAACGCGGACGCAUCUACGUGGUUACAAGCAACCUCGACGAUGACAUGGUGAACCCUGUACCCGGGACAUUGCGUCAUGCCGUGAUUCAGAAGGAACCUCUCUGGAUCAUUUUCAAGAACGAUAUGCACAUUCGCUUAAAUCAAGAGCUCUUGAUUAAUAGCCACAAAACCAUCGAUGCGCGUGGAGCUGAUGUCCAUAUCGCACAUGGCGCAGGGAUCACAAUGCAGUUUGUGAGAAAUGUCAUUAUCCAUGGAUUGCACAUUCACCACAUUUGCGAGAGUAACGGUGGUAUGAUCCGAGACUCGGUAGACCAUUUCGGAAUGAGGACUAGAGCCGAUGGAGACGGUAUAUCGAUUUACGGCUCGUCUAACGUUUGGCUUGACCAUAUUUCCAUGUCGAAAUGUCAAGAUGGACUCAUUGAUGCCAUUGUUGGAUCCACUGGCAUUACAAUCUCCAACUCUCACUUCACUCACCACAACGACGUGAUGUUGCUUGGUGCGCAAAACACGAAUGAAGAGGACAAGAAGAUGCAAGUCACAGUGGCUUAUAACCAUUUUGGUAAAGGACUAGUCCAGAGGAUGCCAAGGAUCCGAUGGGGAUUUGUUCAUGUUGUGAACAAUGACUACACUCAUUGGGAGCUUUACGCGAUCGGAGGAAGUCAAGGUCCUACGAUUCUCAGCCAUGGAAACCGAUUCAUUGCUCCUCCACACAAACCUCAUUACAGAGAGGUGACAAAGAGGGAUUAUGCUUCGGAAGACGAGUGGAAACACUGGAACUGGAGAUCUGAGAAAGAUAUAUUCAUGAAUGGAGCAUACUUCAGACAAUCUGGAACUCCUGGUUACAAAUGCGCGCACACGAGAAGACAAAUGAUCAAACCGAAAAACGGAAUGGCGGUUUCGAAGCUGACCAAAUACGCCGGAGCACUUGAUUGCAGAGUCGGAAAACGUUGUUAG